GUCGGGCGGAGUGUUCGAGCUCUGAGCUCAACAUCACCGGAGCUCACUCACUCUCCCUCUCUCGUGAGUGUGAGGCGGUCUCUCUUUCUCUCUCCUUUUCUAUGUCUCUUUCUCUAUCUCUCUCCCUCUCAGUCUAGACUCUGAGGGGUAGAAAUUUUCUCACCAAAAGUACACAGACCUCAAAGCCACGGGCAUUCACUCCAAAAAAGGAUUGGAUUAUCGCUGAAGUUUCAUUUCUAAUGAAUCUCACACUGGGACAUGGAGUACACAGUUUGUAGUUUGUUUUAAAAGGACUCAUCCUAAAGCAGUCGGGGUUUCGUGUUUGCUUUGAUGGUGAAUCGGUCUAUCAGGAUGAACUUGCAGUGGAGCAGCCCGGCACCCUGCAUCCGCGCCGGGAGAGUCGCGCACAAGCGGCUGGACUCUGACGAUCAGCCGCCGGCCAAAUGCGCCAGGCUGAGCACCGAGGUGGGGGACACGCAGGGUCUCCUUGGCACCUCUCCCGGAUCCCCGGUCAGCCCCGUCUCCAGCCCUGUCCCGGCGACCAUCCAGGGGCCGUCCAGGAUAGGACCGUUUCUGCUUCUACCUCUGACAGACCGGGAGAGCGUGCACAGCGCGAUGAACACCGACACAGGCGACGAGCUGCUGUGCAAGGUCUUUGAUAUGGCGGUGUACCAGGAAAAGAUCAGAGCCUACGGGAUCCUACCAACUCACAAGAAUGUGGCCGGCUUCAGGGACAUCAUCCUUGGCGAACGCAAAGCUUACGUGUUCUUGGACAAGGACUUUGGGGACAUGCACACCCUGGUGAAGAGCUGGCGCAGGCUGGACGAGGAUCACGGCUGCAGGCUCUUUCGUCAGGUGGCUCUGGCUGUGGCACACUGCCACCAGGCAGGCAUUGUGCUGGGUGACCUCAAACUGCGAAAGUUUGUCUUUGCUGAUGAAAAAAGGACACAAGUGAGACUAGAAAGCCUUGAGGACUGCCGCGUCCUAGAAGACCCAAACAACGACUCCAUGUCCGACACCCACGGCUGCCCUGCCUACGUCAGCCCAGAGAUCCUCAACGGCUCAGCACCUUACUCUGGCAAAAUGGCCGACAUGUGGAGCCUUGGGGUCAUGCUGUACACGAUGCUGGUUGGCCGCUACCCCUUCCACGACCCCGACCCCGCCACGCUGUUUUCCAAAAUCCGCAGAGGCCAGUGCUGUUUGCCAGAGGGCUUGUCGCCCAGGGCCAAGUGUCUGCUCCAGAGCCUGCUGAGGAAAGAACCCUCGGAGAGACUCACGGCCAAUGAGCUGCUCGCUCACCCGUGGUUCCACCAGCCGCCAUCGUCGCAGGAAGUGGCGCUGGGUGAACAGGAAGUGAGUUCGGCAGAACAGAUGGUGCCAUCCUUUGACGUGGAAGAGCAGGAUGAUCUCUUCUGCUGACGGACUCGAUUAAGCUGAGUCUGGCUAAAGGACCAAAUCAAAGAUUGCUAUAAGGGAUCCAUCGUUGUCUUUUUACAUUGGCACUUUUUAGAAAACCCAUUUGUGUACUGUUGAGUGUACAUACACCCUCAAGCUUUCUACAAGAACUUACUGUACUGUAUUUGGUUGUCGUAUAUGUGUUACUUGUUAAGGGCAUUGUUCACAAUGAUAAUACAUUGUGUACGAUUUUGAAAAUAUUUGGUGCUAAAAGAAACGACGAGGACUUUUCCAGAUUAUGUUCACAAAAGAAUCCCUUCAGGCUACUAUGAGUGUAUCAUAGAAAAUGAACCCAAGGCUAACAGUCGUCACCAAUGCUUGCUCUCAGCCUGGACUGACAACGCUUCAGAAAGCAUUACAAGAAUGCUGCUCAACGGGAGGAGACGUGAUGUUGUUCCUCUCACUCCCUGACCGGACUGGAGGCUCCGCCAGCUGACUCACCAACCGGCUCGAGGAAGGCCUCGCACAAACUUGACGUCUCGCAGCAGGCGGUGUCAUAGAGUGAGAAAGAUGCUUAGCGGAGGACUGAUGUGUCACACUCAGCGGGGAUGCUAGGAAGGUCCCUCACUGCCAAGCUGGCAACGUAUCAGCAAAUGGAGAGCAUUUACAAAUCUCACACCAAGCGCAGAAGGUUGAGAAAGGCAGGGUGUUACUGGAGUAAAAUUCACAGAAAAGUGUGGAAAGUUUGUCACACACACACACACACUUCACAAUAAUCAGUGUCACUGGGCCGACACAGAAAACGGUACAAAACUCAGUAAUUUAUUUAUUUUUAACAGUUAAAACUAAAGCAAUUAAAUUGUUGAAUCAAGAAUUCAUUAUAAUAAAGUUGCAUCAGCUAUUAACAGUGCAAUUUUAACUGUGAUCAAUCUGUUUGGCUCUUCUGUAAUGCUGUAAUUAGCCACAGCUAAACCUAACACUAAUGCCAGUUUAAAACUUAAUGCAGUAAGUAGGCCUGGUCACAUGCCCUUGCAGCAACAGAGAUGAUUGGAUAAAUCUUACGCCUCAAGGCAUGAUGCAACAGUAGGAAUUAAGUGGGGAAAGUAAAAACACGGAGAAUGUAUAUGGUACUUCCUCCUGACGCAAUACGAGUUAACUCUCAAUCCAACAAUGUUUGUAUUUUUUAAGAAAUGUGUCAAAUAUCCAGUUAAGCCAUCAAGUCAAAAAGAAACAGAAAAAUUAAGACUUCCACUUAGAAGUUGAACCUGUUUUUGUUCAUUUCUGUUGGAACAUUAUGUCAAGCUGAGUUGCUUUCACAGAGCUGAGCUGUGCCGAGUGUUGUGCCCGUAUCACUGUGUUUCAUAAACUGAAUGGCUCUGAAUCAGUCGCAGUCAUAUCAUAUUUGAUGUUGGUUGUCUGAUGAUGACUCAACACUCGAGCGUGUCUGCAGUGAACAGUCCUGACCUUGGCUGGAAGAAUCUGUUCCGACUGUUUCGCUUCUUUAAAAAUGGUACUUCUUUCCCCCUUCCUUUUUAUUUUCCCGUUGAAAGCUGCGGAUCCAUGGAGACUCGUCAUAUAGUUAGUGACAUGAAUUUACUGCAUUCUAAAAUAUGUUUUAUCGUGGAUUGUGACAGGCGGAUGAAGCGCUUCAGUGACGUUUAUCCUCACAGGCUGUAGACCUGCAGUUAGCUACAUUUGUUUUGACCCUGGUACUAAAUGUGGCAUAUCUGAGAAGCACUGUGCAUUCAAUUUUUCACACAGUAGGCUGAUAAAACAUCUGUUGCAGUUCUCUAAUUAUUUUCUCUCAUCUGCUUGAAAAACCAGAUGGUAACCGACUUGUGACAAUCUGAAUUGUUCCUUACAGAAAAGUAAUUUAAGAGAUUUAUGAUUUUGUUCCCGAAUCAUAUAUGUAAAUUGAGUCACACAUUCAUGUGAUACGUAGAGUAAACUGACACGGGUGCACAAACUUCAUAUUGCACUGUGAAUUAUGUAUUUGUGACACAACCUAGAGGCUUUUAAAGGUCUAGACAGGUUACACAGGAAAUAUAUUCAUUGUACAAAAGAUGUAAAUAUGUAUAUUUCAAAUAUGUGUGAAGAUGUUGAAUAAAGAUCACAUUUUUUCAUAUUCA